GAAGACUUGAAGCAGGGACGACGACGCGUACAACGGAACGGCACGACGACAGCGCAAGCACACGACACGGCUCCACUCCCCAGGCCCCAGACCGUCUCCGUCCGACCCGUUCGGUAACCGCAUCCACCCACCCACCACUAACCCCCACUUCUCCCCCGUUCAAGCAGUGCAGGCGAGGCAAGCAAAAGCCGCGGCCGCGGCGAAAGCCAAAGCCAAAGCAGAUGGUGAUGGGAAAGCCACUCACUAAUUAGAGGGAGGGAUCGGGAGAAAGGGAAGCGAGGCGGUUAGGCGAUGGCGAGGCAGGGCGGCGGCGGCGGCGAGAUCACGGCAGCCAGCGGCGGCAUUGCUGUCGGUGGUGGGGCAGCGCGUACGCCGGCGGCGAGCCCUCACCAGGUACCAAUUGAUAUAGCAGAGGAAAUUUACUCCCCAGCAUUUGGCAAUAUUGCUGUCCCUGAUAGUCGUGGUUGCUGCAGUGGUUUCACAGCCAGUGUCUCAAAGAUCCUGUUCAUCUUGCACCUCCUUGCUUUCAUCGCCCUCACAGUCUUCCUUGGAGUCCAGGCUUCUUCCCACCAGAAUCCUACCUAUAAGCCCUUCGCUAACUUCAUCCCACUUGCCUCUUCAGUGAUAUUAUCGAUUAUUGCUGCCUGCUUUUGGACUAUCCUUGCUAUCACCAAUCCUCCAAAAGCCAUCAAAACGUCUCUCUGGACAGCUCCUGUUUUCGCACUUGCCUGUGAUGUAGUCAUACUCCUUGUCGGUGAUGGUGCUGCCCUUGGUAUUGGAGUGCUUAUAGUUGUGAUUGCCAUUGCAGCUGCACUAUACAGUUGUUGGGCAACUGGUCCACGUCUUCAGCAUGCCGCUGCAGUACUUUCCACCUCUGUCAAUGGAGCACAUUUGCCGUUUACUGCUCCGUUCCUUAUUAUUUUUGUUAUCCUUGCUGCAUUUGGCUAUAUGGCCUUCUGGACAGUUGCCAUCAGUUGCAUCGCAGCUGCAGAAGGACACUUCAUGAACUUCAAGAUAGUUUAUGUGGCUGCACUCCUGGUGAGCAUGUCGUGGACCAUGCAAGUGCUGCGGUACUUUGUCUAUGUGGCCGUGGCAAGACUGGCACAUGCACGGCUUGUCUAUGGAGUCCGUAUGCCCGGUGGUGUUGUCGAAGCAUUCUGCGGCACAGUAUCAGGGCCAGCCCUUGGUGAUAUAUGUAUGGGGGCUGUGGUUGUCCCAGUGAUUGCGGCAGUUCGGAGUUUAGCUCGAGCAAUUAACACUCUGACUGGAGGCAACGACGAGUUCCUUUUCUCAUGCCGAGGUUGCUGCCUGGCUGCAUCAGAGAAAAUGAUUGGACGGGUGAACCGCUGGGGUUUUGUGCAUGUGGGAGUGCGGGGGAAGGCGUUCUGUGUUGCUUCGCGGGAUGUGUGGUCCCUUUUUGUUCUCCGUGGGAUGGCAAAGCUUGUUGAUUCAGACCUCACUGGUUCGUUCUGCUUCCUUUCUGCUGUCACUGGAGGCGCUUUGGCCUCACUGGUUGCUGGCUCAUGGGUAAUGGCCAUGGACCGGGAUCAUAAGGAGCAAGCUCUUCCUUUGGCAAUCUAUGCAUUUCUCAUUGGUUAUUACAUGUGCCGGAUGAUGAUUGCGUGGCCACAGGCUUGUGUUGCAGCAUAUCAUGUUGCAUAUGCAGAGAACCCACAGAACCCUCACCUGGGGACACUGAUACCAGACCACCUGCGUGAGCUCGAAGCACUAGCUGCAGAUUGAAUAUUGAUCUCUCGCUCAUCUUCCCAGUGCACUCCUCUUGGAAUUUUAGACUCUUCUGAUUACAUUCAUGAUUCAUAGAUUCUUCGAUUGAUUCAGUCAGCUUUCUAAUGCCGGGGACUUGGAACCAAGGCAUCAGUCAGAGUUGAGGUUUCGUGCAUAUGGUUCAAGACUGCUGCCUGUGUAGAUAUUGCGGUAACUAAAGAGAUUAGAUGACCUGAGGCACUAGCAUAGAUGGGCAGUUAUACCUGUACAAAAAGUUUAGCGUAUCGAUCACAUUUACUCCGUAUUAUCCGCAUUAUGUACGUGUAUAUGGAGUGAUUGGAGGUCUGGAUGUUGGAUGUUGAUCGAAAAGCUUGUACAGUACUAAAAAAAUGCGACUGAUAUAUUAGAAAGAAAAAAGAGCGCUUCGGUACAUCCCCUUCUGAAAUGAGGUGGAGAUUAGAAUUUAGCCCUUUGUUGACAAGGUAGGAUUGACUUUUAAACAUCAGGGAUGCUCUUGGUUCUCUCAAAAUCUGUAUUGUAUGGACAUAACGUAUUCGGAGUCAAGUUAUUUUACUCCUCUAA